GUGCAAAGAGCAAAAGGGUAAGGUACCCUGUAAUUUUCAUUGUAAGGCUGCUGCGCAUAGCUUAUUAUCCAUUACUGCUUUAAUCCAAAAAAAAAAAAAAAAAAAAACAAAAAAAAAAAAGAUCACCCACAAAUGUUUUCUUCCACCAAUACUUUGAAUCCUUUUCCACAACAACAACAACAACAACAAUAUUACUUUCCUCCUUCUUCUCACCCUCACCAUCUUCCUCCUCCUUCUCCUCCAAUUCUCAACCAAGAAGUAGCCGCCACCGCCACUGUCACCCCCACAGCCUCUGCUACAGUCUCCGAUGAUAUUCUUUUCCACCAUGAUCCCCUUUCUGCUCCAUUCCUACUCAACAUUUCCCCAUUAAUCCCUGACACUAGUGUCAUCAAUUUGGGAGUUUCCAACUCAGCUGGAACAAUGACCAAGCAGGACAUGUGCAACUUGUAUGGAGGCCACAACCACCACCACCAUGAUCAUCAUCAUCAUCAUCAUCAUCUUGAUGGUGGUGUUCCUAGAUUCCUUCCAAGGAAACCCAUGAAGAAAGAUCGGCACAGCAAGAUUUACACGGCUCAGGGUUUGAGGGAUCGGAGGGUUAGGCUUUCCAUAGAGAUUGCCCGCGAGUUCUUCGAUCUCCAAGACAUGCUAGGGUUUGACAAAGCCAGCAAAACCCUAGAAUGGCUUCUUUCUAAGUCUAAGAAAGCCAUCAAAGAUCUCGCUCGGACGAAACUCAGCAGCACCAGCUGCGCUAAGAGCUCGUCUUUGACUUCGGAAUGUGAAGGAGACGAAGAAGAACAAGAACAGGAACAAGAAGACAACGAACAGGCCAACAAUGAAGUUGUUGACAACAAUGAAAUCAUUCUAGAAGGUACGGUGGUUUCGAAGCGCAAGAAGAUGCUGAAAGAGAAAAACAUGAGGAAGCUUGACGAAGCUGCUGCUGCAUUGCAACAUCUUCGAACAGCGAAGGAGUCGAGGGCCAAAGCGAGGGCUAGAGCUAGGGAGAGGACCAGGGAGAAAAUGUGCACUGUAUUGAAGAUCCACGAUCCUAAAAAAUGUCCUCCUACUCUCCAUCCUUCAAGCACUAAUCCUUCUUCUUCUCAGAUCUUGAACCAAUUGAGGACGAUGAAUCAGUUUCACGGCUGUGAAAGAUCAUCUCCGAAGAUCGUUGCCACCGCCGAAAUCAUUGAAGCAAUACAGGAAUCGUCGUCAUCGAUUAUGUCCAGAAGGAAACUGCAGAAGCCUACUUUGAUUUCGAGUUUUCAGCAACAACACCACCACCACCAACAACUUAAUGAGAUCUCCUCAAAAGGAGGUCAAACUUCCAAUGACAACAACAACACCAACAACAACACAAACAGCAUGUUUUGUCCUAAUUUACCUCAAAAUUGGGACAUUAACAGCCCCCUGAUCGCUACUACUCGACCCAGUUUCCGUACCAUUACCAACAUGAAUCUUUCUACUGAGCUUCAAAUCUAUGGCAAAACUAUGGGAGGCCAGUGAGAGUUUGACGUUACAAUAUGUUGAUCUCUGCCUGAGGAUGAGUACAUCGAGAAAGGGUAUGUCUCACCAUUUCUUGAUUAGCAACUUCUUCAUAAUGUAAGCUCACAGGCACCUUUGUAGAUUGCAAUUUGAUAUAUAAAAAGUUUAAAGGUUAGAAGUAAAGUUGUUGUUAGGAAACUUAAAAAUUUACUAGCUGUCAUAUAUGUAUGUCUCACAAUGAAAUAUUGAAGAACUAACCAUUAAUAAUAAUGGACCUAUAUGGAUUCAGAAACUUUCAUUUGUUGGAUUUCAAUUCUUUGUCCUAUACAUAUGAGCAGAAGAGCCACCUUGUGAAUUAUAGCUAUAUAGCAUAGGAAAUCAUAUGAAUCCCAUAAUUCCAUGCAAUGUAUCAAGGCACACUAAAUAUGUUUCUGUAUAUGUUAGACAAAAGGCGAAAGGGAGAAAUGAAAGAGGCUUAGCCUGGGUCAGAAUUUAGCUCAAGAAAUUGAAUUUGAUGUGCUUCCAUAUAUUGAGAACCAUUAGAACAAAUUAAAAUUAAAAGGUUCCAAGACAAAACAAACAAACUAUAAGCAACAGACUUCUGUAAAAUAUGGCACUACAUGAUAAAAAAAAUUUAAGGCCAAAUUGCCAAAAAUUAUAAAAUUCAAUAUAUUCUCAAGAUUUUGAAAUUAAUCAUGGGUAGUAGAACGGUAAACUGUGCCCCUAUAUGUGUGCCUGCCUCUCCUUUUUUAUUACUUUUUACCUUUCUGAGUAUUUGUGUGCAUGUCUAGAAAAUAUGCAUAAAGACUAAUAAUUAAUAUUGUCUAUAUAAGCAUAGACUAAUUUUACCUCCAUGUACAUGUGUGGGAUUUCCUUGAGCCUAGUUAUGGGUAUUGUGGUUUAAGCUGACUAUAUUGCUGCUUUCUGUUAAUAAUAUAUUGAAGGUUAUUCAGUAGUAGAAGAUCAACUAAUAUUUGACCUCAAAAGAGCUAUAAGUUAUGGCUAACUUCCUUUCUAUAUACAUAGUUUUCUUGCCUCAACUUACACAUUAAUGUCCUAUAGAUUAAUAUGAGUAUGCAUUCCAUGUAAGGUCCUUGUGUCUUUUUUCAAAGAAUGUCUCUUUCAUUUCCUUUCCCCUUGUUAACAAUAUCAAAACUUGCUAAAUUGUGUAAACCA